AUGAGUUAUGCUACCGAUUUACUUGAUGGCUUUGACACCAUCUACAAGAGAACUGAAGGUGUAUUGAAUUGCAACAAGGAGAUGGCAAACUUUUACAAGAAGCUUUCAAUUUUGGAGGCUGAUUAUUCAAAGGCUCUCCUCAAGUUGGUAAAGUCAACUGGUCAAAAGAAAUUAAUCUCUAAUCAAUUCUUGGAUGGAUCUUUAAAAGAAGCAUGGAAAUCAUCAUUGACAGAAUUGGAAACUGUAGGAAAUCAACAUCAAACCUAUUCAAACUUGAAUAACGAUUUAUCAAAUGUCGUUGAAAAGAUGGUUAAAGAUAAGGAAGUACAAAGAAAGAAAUUGACAGAAAAAGGACAAAAGUUGACCAAGGAUAUGAAGACACAAUUGGAUACAUUGACAAAGGCCAAGUUAAAUUAUCACAAGUUAUCAAAGGACGCAGAAAUGGCACAAACUGCCCUCACCAAGGGCCAAGCCGACCCAAAGAUGAAGCAAGACAAGGUAUCACAGUUGAGUAUCAAGUCUACUCAGGCCGCCGAAAAGGCAAAUCAAGCCGACCAAGAAUAUAGAGAUUGUCUCACAGUCACCAACACCAAGCAACAUGAAUACUAUAUGAAUGAAAUGCCAACUUUAUUAACUGAAUUCCAACAAUUUGAAGCAGAACGUAUUCAUCAAACUAAAGAAUCAAUGGUAAAUCUUGGAUCGUUUGUAAAGGAGAUUCCAGGUGUUGUCGCACACGCUGCCGAUGAGAUUCACGCAUCUGCAUCACGUAUCGACUCGGAUGCCGAUAUUAGACAAUGGGUGUCUGAGAACAAGACCAACGUCACCCCACCACCACCCAUCGACUAUUAUCCAUUCGAAGGUGAAGCACAACCAGUCGGCAACUCACCAUCUAACUUUAGACUCGGCACAUACAAGGCACCCACCGGCACUGGCGCCAAGCAAGAGUAUGGUCUCUCACCCAAGGACUCGGCUCUUCCAUUUGAACAAAAGGUUCAAAAGCUCGAGGCACAACUCACAGACAUCAACACCAACAUCAAGACAGAGGUACAAGCACGUGCCGGUAUUGAGAAGCUCAUCCAGUUCUAUCACAACGAUCCAAAGGAACAGAAAAAGGCAGAGGGCGAGUUGGUCGAGGCUGACCGCAAGAUCAACGCUCUCAAGGAGAGCCAAAAAAUCGUGUCGCAGCAACUCGACGAGAUUCAACGCAACCCAUCUGGAGGUCUCUCUUCCAGCGGCGGUAUUUCCCAGAGCACUGGAUCGGUGGACAAUGGAACUGGCGGCGCCUCUAAUGUCACCCCAACACUCCAAGCAGCCAAGCCAAUGCGUGCAAAGGGUCUCUACGACUACGAAGCAUCCUGCGACACUGAGCUCAACUUUAAGGAGGGAGACAUUCUCAAUAUCACCGAACAAGACGCUUCAGGUUGGUGGUUUGCAGAAUUGAAUGGUGUUAGCGGUUUUGUUCCACAAAAUUAUUUACAACCAAUCGAAGAAUAA